CUCUCCCUAUCUGACCAUCUCUAUCCUUCUUCUUCUUCUUCAGAUCAAAGAAAGAAACAAAAUAGAGAGAAUGACGAAGUGUGUGAGUCCAGAUGCGAUCUCGACUAUUCUGGCGAACCCAUCGCCGGAAUCUUCCUCCGAUGUCCCUGAGAUCGUCGUCCAGGUCAUCGAGCUCAAGGCCACCGGUGCUUCCGGUAACCGUUUUAUGUUUACAGCUAACGAUGGAAAGAUGAAGCUAAGGGGAAUUCUCCCAACAAACAUGGGUUCUGAGGUCAUGUCUGGAAAUAUUCAGAACCUGGGUCUGAUUCGCAUUCUUGAUUAUACUCUCAAUGACAUUCCGAAUAAGCCUGAGAAGUAUCUGAUUGUCACAAAAUGUGAGGUGGUUUCUCCACCGCUUGAAAUGGAGGUCAAAUCCGAGGUCAAGAGUGAGGAAACUGGUAUUGUAUUGAAGCCAAAGCAAGAAAAUGAGAUUAAGAGUGAGGUAAAAAGUGAAGUGCCUGGGAUUUUUUUAAAGCCAAAGCAGGAAAUUGUUGCUAAAUCAGCUGCUCAGAUAGUACAUGAACAGCGCCAAAAUAUGGCCCCAGCUGCACGGAUGUCAAUGACACGAAGAGUUUUCCCUCUGGUGUCCUUGAACCCUUACCAAGGUAGUUGGACCAUAAAGGUUCGUGUCACUAGCAAAGGAAAUAUGCGUACCUAUAAGAACGCGAGAGGAGAAGGCUGUGUUUUCAAUGUAGAGUUAACAGAUGAAGAUGGCACACAAAUACAAGCAACAAUGUUCAAUGAAGCUGCAAAGAAAUUCUAUGACAGGUUUCAAUUGGGGAAGGUUUAUUUCAUUUCAAGGGGGACUCUAAGACUUGCUAAUAAGCAGUUUAAGACAGUGAAAAAUGAUUAUGAAAUGACCUUGAAUGAGAAUUCUGAAGUAGAAGAGGCUAGCAAUGAAGAAACUUUUGUUCCUGAAACAACAUUCAAUUUUGUCCCAAUUGAUAGUUUAGGUCCUUAUGUCAAUGGGAUGGAGCUUGUGGAUGUCAUUGGUGUUGUUCAAAAUGUCUCCCCUACAAUGAGCAUUCGGAGGAAGAGCAACAAUGAUACUAUCCCAAAGCGUGAUAUUACUAUUGCUGAUGAGACGAAAAAGACAGUUGUGGUCUCCUUGUGGAAUGACCUUGCAACAAGUGUGGGGCAGGAAUUGCUGGAUAUUGCAGAUAAAUCACCUAUAGUUGCAAUUAAAUCCCUUAAAGUUGGGGAAUUUCAAGGUGUAUCUUUGUCAACACUGAGCAGAAGUGUUGCGCUUGUAAAUCCAGAUUUACCUGAAGCAAAGAAGUUGAGAUCCUGGUAUGAUUCUGAGGGUAAAGAAAGUUCAUUGGCAUCUGUCGGUUCUGGUAUGAGCCCAUCAUCAAAGAGUGGUUUAAGGUCAAUGUACUCUGAUCGGGUCUCUCUUUCUCACAUACAGAAGAACCCAUCCUUGGGUGAGGAAAAGCCUGUAUUUUUCAGCAUUAGAGGAUACAUAAGCUUCAUCAAGCCUGACCAGGCAAUGUGGUACCGGGCUUGCAAAACUUGCAACAGGAAAGUGACAGAGGCUUUGGGGUCUGGGUAUUGGUGUGAAUCAUGCCAGAAAAAUGAUGAAGAGUGCAAUUUAAGAUACAUAAUGGUAGUCAAAAUUUCUGAUGCAAGUGGUGAAGCUUUUUUAUCUAUCUUUAAUGAGGAAGCGGAGAAAAUUGUUGGGUGCUCUGCUGACGAGCUUGAUAAGUUGAAAUCAGAGGAGGGGGAGGAGAAUCCAUACCAACUAAAAUUGAAGCAAGCCACCUGGAAUUCUCAUCUUUUCCGGGUUAGUGUUUCUCAGAAUGAGUACAAUAAUGAGAAGAAGCAAAGGAUCACAGUCAGGGCUGUUGCUCCCGUUGAUUUUGCUGCUGAAUCAAGAUUUUUGCUUGAAGAGAUCUCAAAGAUGAGAGUUUCUAAAUAGGGUAGUUUAGUCUAUUUGAUAUUAUUAUGAUGCUGUCUAGGCAAUAUUCCUCAAGAUCACCUUGAAUCUUAAGAUGAGUUUUCCUUCAAACCAUUCCAUGUAAUAUAUGUUUCUUAAGAUGAUUAAUAUAGGUGCUUUUGUUAGAUA